AUGUCAUUACUAAUCCCAACAAGACAAGACCAUUUUGAUGCCCAUGGACAUCUGGAUGACGAUGUAAAAUACAUAGAAUUACUAACCCAAUCUAAACAAACCCAUCCCGAACAUUAUCAAUGGGAUUUCCAACCAAUCAAGGGGUUCUUCAAACAAACUGAACCAGAUACCGAUGAUAUGACAUUUCGUUAUACCCAAGAUCAUUUCGGCAUACUUAAACCUUGGCCCGAAAUCAUCUCCCAUCUCAAUCAUUUAAACAAAACCGCUGGUUCUAAUGAACGAUAUAUUUUAUUCUUCCUAGCUAGACAUGGUGAAGGUUGGCAUAAUAUCGCCAUGAGAAAAUAUUCCAGACAUGAAUGGCAUCUGAAAUGGAGUAGGUUAAACUCCGAUGAUGAGAUCAGUUGGGGUCCAGAUGCGGAUUUGACAGAAUUGGGUAUUGAACAAGCUUGGGAGAAUCAUCGGGCUUGGAAGACACAAUUGAUGAAUGGUGCUCCUUGGCCAUCGCGGUUUUAUGUUUCUCCAUUGACGAGAUCGAUUAGGACUCAUAAUAUAACUUGGAAAGAUACGGAUGUGGAGAUUUUGGAAGGGGUGAGGGAAACGAUUGGAUUACAUCCUUGUAAUCGAAGAUCGCAAAGGUCGGUGAUUAGAGAUAGGUUUCCAAAUGUGGUAUUCCCAUCGGAGUUUCAAGAGGUUGAUGAAUGGUUUGAAGAAUAUAGGGAGACAAGGGAAUGUUUACAUGAACAGACAAUUAGAAUCAAUCGGGUCUUACAAGAAUUGUUUGAGAAUGAUAAUGGGGAUGAAAUUGUGUGUAUUACUUCUCAUACUGGGACUAUUAGAUCUUUUCUUAGUGUGAUUGGACAUCGAAAGUUUGUAAUACCUACAGGUGGGAUGAUACCUGUGGUGGUAAAAGGGACAAAGACUACUUUAUAG